AUUUGGCCAAGCGAGCUAGACAGCCGCUAUUGCUGCGCAAUCAAGCGAUUGCACAGCGCUCGGACACGUUCGCAGCGCCGCGCAGCCCACCGCGAGCGCUGGCUGGCAGAGAAGACCCAGCGGCCAAGUAAUCCAGGCUAGGACCAAAAAGCGCAGCGGUGGCCGCAGCGCUGCAAAACGAUGGACACCUCAUCGACGACCGUCGCCACAACAACGGACAACCCUUUAACAACAUUACGAAGAGGCCACUCGUCGCCGCGGUCACGUAGAUCAUUAGAGACGCCGCGCCGGCGCAUCACGUUCGCCGAGACGGACGACUCCAGCGCGCGGUCCAAGGAGUCGACGAGCCCUCAACCUACGUCGAAUGAUCUGGAAGAUGUGUCGUUGGAAACACCGAGAGCGGAGGCGGAGCCGCACGAGUAUCCCCGCUCUCCACGAGAUUUCAGAGAACGAACGCUGGACCGCUUCUACCUCCACGACAACGGUGAUAGGGAGACCGUGAGAUUACUCAUGAGAGGCAUGCCCAUCCCCUGCACCUAUGGCCUGCCGAACACGGAUGGUGGUAUCCUAUCCAAUGCUCGCGAGUUCACGUACCUAUUCCAUCCUCUAGUAUCAGUAUUCAAGGUCCACCCGUUAUGUCCCUUCACGGCCAAGGAGCGCUUCGUCGUCUUCUUUUGUUCGGUAGCGUUCAAUUUUGUGUGGACGGCGUUCAUGGAGUACCAUCGGGGCAAGAUUAGUGUGUUGUUUGGUGGUGGUCGUAGUGGAGACGAGCGCGGCGCGAUGUUUUAUCUCGUGAAGAACAUCGUCACUACUCUAUACGCUGUCUUGAUCAGACAGAUCGUCAUCUGCCCCUGCUUGUAUGGUCCCCUAAUAGCAGCAGCGUGUGAGGGCGACGCCCCCACAGGCCUCUGGAACGGCGUCGGCAAGCCUAGUCAAACAAUACAUAAAAUAGACGAUCGCAAACUCGCAAGAAGAGCCCAAAGGGUCAAAAGGUGGAAGCUGCGCGGCGACCGGGGUAUCAUGUGGUUACUGGUCAUACAUUUCGCCGUGGUCUUCACGGCGAUAUUUCUACUCGCUUCGCAUUUGGAAGGCGCCCCGUACCUCGGCGAGCGAGAAAAAAACACGCCCCAACGCCACCACGCGGCUCUGUUGAUUUUCUACUCGGAGGUCAUCAACUUUUGGUUCUGGUUCGUGAAGUUCACGCCUCUGUUUCUGGUAUUGUAUCCCAUCCAUCGGGCGCAGUGGUACCAGGGCGGUUCUUUAGCUGAUUAUUUACUCUGUCGCAAGUCCUGCUGUUCCUACAAACGGUCGCAAGCCUACAAGGACCCGCAGUACCCGCGCUGCGUGCGACCCGACACGAACAAGAUCUCGGAGACGGGAUUGACCAAUUUGCGCGGACUCGCGCGCGGUGGCUCGCUGUCGACAAUUAGAAGACGCCACGACCGCGAUGCCAUGCUGUCCGUGCGGCGCGGCGAGGCCGAUCCCUACGCCAUGGCACCAAUGCCGACCCCCCAGGCUGAUCUGGAGGCGCGCGCCGAACCGGCCUGGGCGAGCCCCGUGCCGCCUCCGAGCCGACUGGGAACUCGGCGCGACUCGGAACCCCUUCCUCAGCAGGAACCAAAUUGGGCGACGGCGCCGCGCGCGCGGGGCCGCGACUCGACGGAGCGCGUCGGCGACGUCUCCGUGCGCCGCCUCUCGUACACGCCCGGCGCGAGCGAGGACCCGCUCGCGCCCGACGAGACGCCGCAGUCCGCGCUCGAGGUCGUCGUGCCGGACUCGAUGGUCUAGUCGCACUCCCUGCGCCGCUCGUGAAGCGACACACGGAGGCCUAUCUGUGAUAACGAUAGUAUUACUGUGAA